AACCAUCAGAGGUAUUAUUAGAGCAGACCAGCAUACUACUGACAGAUGACCUGCUACCUGACUUUGGUGGGGUUUAUUAAAUCAAGACGAAAAAACUCAGAAUCACGAGAAAAGAACAUGAAGAUAAUGGAAAACUGACUGCAGUUAGAUGGACAAAAUUUUGUAGAGAACCUAAAACUGACAAUAUGGAGGAGCAAAAGCAAUUAAUGCGUCAGGUAGCUGAAGAUGCUGAACAACGUGGUAAAGAUACAAAAAGAGAGAGAAACCAAAUCAAAUGUUUGAAGAAAAAAAUGAGGCCUGACAUCCGGAGAGUAACUUUUGAGCCAGAUGAAAUCAGAGAAAUGUUACAUGUGAUUAGAGAAGAUACAAAACAUUGCCCGAAACACUUUAUUGAAGAAAAGACACAAAUAAAAUGGAUGAGUUUUCAGGCUGAGAAAAGGAGAAAAAUGCUUGACCAGAAGCUGGAGAAAAUUUUUAAAGAAAGUAAUCAGUUAGAAAUUAUGAAGAUAAAAAUGGACCAGCAUAGACAAGAGACUGAGAAAAAAUGGAAGGAGGUCAUGAAUUUAAUUAUAACAACAGAAAAAGCAAAAGUUUACAUAGAAAAAUCUGCUGAAGAAGUUAGAAACACCAAUGAGGAAAUGCUGAAAACCCAAAGGAUAAUCAGAAAAAGCAACGAAGAAGUAAAAGCCUACAUGGAUCAGCUGGCUCACAUAAAGAACCAGAUCAACAGACGGAUAUUGACACAGCUUCCAAUCACUUCACAACUUCAGAAAGAAAAGCAUGGAGUCGCCCUGAAAGAAGUAAGAUCAGAAAUUCUCCUUGACAAAGCAAAUCAAGCAGAAGAAGGGACAAAAAUCCAUGGCAGAAUCUUAUUUCCCAUUAAUCAGACAGAAUCGCUUAAAAAAGAAUUACCUGUGGUAACAAAGCAGAUAUAUAAACUACAAGAGCAAGAGAAAGUCUUAAAGGUGCAAAUAAAAGCAAAUAUCCAAAGAUUGCAGGAUAAAAGUCAAGAGAUGAAAAGUGUCCUCAUAGAAAUAGAUAAAAUACAAUGUCAGAAGUCAGACACUGAAAUCAUAGUCAGGGAAAUGGGAACUAUACAACAUUAUAAACAGCUGCAAGAAAUACAACAGAGGGAUAAUUUGAUUGAGGGUACACAUGUUUUAUUGAAUAAAAUAAUGCAGUCUGACCUUGAAGAUCAGUCAAAACCUACUUUCGGAGAAAAAGAACCUAAUGGGAAUGCAAAAGAGACAAAUGUAUGUUCUGAGGAAAAAUAUCUUCAACAGGCAGAUUUAGAAAGACUAAGGACAGAGCUGUUUCAAACACAAAACAUCAAGAAAAUUAUAAAACCAGAAAUUGGGUACCAAUAUCAAGAAAAUAUUUUGACCAAAGACCUUGAAAAUUAUGAUAAAGAAAUCAAAGGACUAAAGCAGGACAUGGACCAAUUUCAGAAUCUUUUAGAAUUAGCAAAGCCUGAAUUUCAACAGAAGAAGAAAAAUCUCAAUGAACAUACAUGCGUUCAUAAAACUGCAAUGAACAAAAAGAGAAAAGAACUAGAUCUUAGAUUGGACAAAGUCUUAAAAGAAAAAGAUGAAUUAGAAAUCCUAAAAGUACAAAUCCAAAAAAAAUCUGAAAGGACUCAGCAGCAGUUGGAAAUUGUACUAAAAUGUCAAAAUGACAUAGAAAAAAUAGCUGGUAAAGUCAGGGAGAAAGACAAAGUAAUAAACUGUAAUAUGAAGGAGACGGCUGUAAAAGCAAGAGUGCUUGAGGACCUGAUCAGGAAGAUUGAAAGCUCGAAACAACACUGGGAAAAAAUCUACAUAUUGACUUCUCAGCAAAAGAAUGAGAUUGAAAAAUUAAAGACUGAUCUGGGAUAUAAAAAGGUAAUAGAAUCUCCUUUUGAAAGUAAAAAUAAAGAGAUGAAGAAAUCUGACCAAUUAGAAAGUUUAGAAAGAGAGCAAUUCUUCAAAAAUAAAAAAGCUACUCAUGCAGAGGAGAUAUCCAAAGGAAUAUUCAUACUCACACCGCAUCUAGAAGAACAGAUGGAAAUAAUAAAACUGACAAUAAAUGAAUUUCGUGAUACAAAGAGUGAUAGAGAAGAGCUAAACCUACAACUAAGUGAGAAAAUAAAACAAGAGAUAUUAUUAAAAGUAACCAAGAUAUUGGCACGAGAGACUAGUGCCGAGGGACAGAUUGAAAAAGGGUCACAAAUGAAAGCUGAAGAUAAGACAAAUAUCUUAAGGGAGAAAAAUGAAAGACAAAAACACUAUGAAUGUCAGGACAGAAUAAAGAAUAGAGAAAUACAAGAAAUGGAUGUGCUGAAUUCAGAGCUGGAAACCAAAAAAAAAGAAAACAAGGCCAUUCUAAAACAAAUUGUAAGGAAAGGAGAAAAGAAUGAAAGAAUGUUGAAUGAAAUAAAUGAAGCAAAGAUGUUACUCAAGAGGGAGGUACAGAGGAGGAGAAGAGAACUGGACCAAAGACUGGAGAGCAUCAGAAGAGAGAAGGAUGCGUUAGAGAUUCUGAGAUUAAAAUUGAAACUACCAAAGGAAGUUCUUUUUCAUGAGUACCAGAGUACCAGAGACGACAAAAGUGUUGUCUGUGUUUCAAAUGAAAAUAAACAACAAAAUUUUGAAAAAAGUAGCUGGAGAAACCCGAAGGCUGAAAGUGAAAGGAAACAAAGGGUUUCAACAGUUAGUGAAAGCAUCAAUAAUGUUCAAAACCUAGCACAAAAUGUCUAUGUUCAUUUAAAAACAAUCAAAAAGGACGUUUUUCAAUUUUUUAAAUAUGAAAAUAUUGAUGUAAAGAAAGAAACAGAUGAAAUCAAUGCUUUCAAAGCUGAAAGUAUAAGAAUAAAACACAAGAUAAGCAGGAUAAAAUCUUGGAUUAAAAUGGAAGAAAAUACCAUACAAACUAAUGGAAAUGUGGAUAAGACUAGGAACCAUGGCAAUAAAAUACCAAAGCAUGAACUUGGAGCGAUAUCAAUGAAUAUCAAACAAGAGCAAAGAAAUGGGAGGGCCUUCAUAAAUGAAAUGACGAUUGUGGAAACAAAACAACGAGAACCUAAGAAAAGAAAAAAUGAUAAAGAAUUAUUUCAUGACGAAAAGGUGAAGAAAACAACUGUUGGACUUAUGAGAAAAGUAAUCUCCAAAAAUAAAAAAGAUGAGACUGAGUCCCAAUCCCAAAAAAAUAAAUCACUGUUAAGCAAAAAUAUGCAAUUACAACACGAAAGAGAAAAACUGAAAGACCUAAAAGAGAUAAUGGGAAACAAAGAAACACAAAUGUUAAAACAAGAAUCAAAAUGCAUUGCAGAGAGAAGGGACAAGGGGGAAAUUGAAGAAAUAGAGUUAAAACAGAAGGUAGAAGUUGCCAACAGCUACUUGGCUGAGGGAGAAAAAAUGAAGGUUUUAAUGAAGAAUGCUAUCACCAUGAAGGAACAGGUUCAAGUUUCCAUCAGCGGCAUCCAGAAGGACAAAGACCAAAUGAUUUCAAUGAAGAAGGACAUUGAAAAAGACAGAGAAAAACUGUCAUAUGAGAAGGAGCGCCUGAAAAGAGAACGGUCAAAGUUCAAAAUGAGACAAGAUAAACUCUUGAAUAAAUUAAAGUCAACAGCUAACCUUAGACUAACACUUCAAGGAGUUAAAGAUGCAGUCUGGGAGCACACCAAAGAGAAAAUUGGAAGACUAAAUAAGACUCAUGCAGAUGCACAGUUGUUGUGUAUUUCCCUGGAGAACAAGCUUUCAACUGUUGGAGAGAAGAUGAACAGAAUAACUCCUUACAAAGAGUUAUUUGAAAGAGAAAAGAUCAAUCUAAGAUCCAUCAUUUCUUCCAUGAGUAAUCAGAGAGAAAUGAUGGAAUAUCAGUGGAAGAAAAUGGUUGACUUGGACAAAGAAGAUCUAAACAGAGUAAAGGCAGAGCUGAAAUUGGACAGACAGAAUCUGGAAGGAGUGGCUGGCAAAAUAGACAAAGAUAAAGUGGGCUUAGAAUUGAUGAUGUCUGAUAUCCAGAAAGAGCGUGCAAUAUUACAAAAAGAACAACGUGAUAUUAAAGAAGAGAGAGAGCAGAUGAAAAUCACAAAGACUCAACUAGACCUGAAGGAUGAUGAGUCCAAGAGUUGCUGGGCUGAGAUCCACAAAGAGAAAGCCAAACUUAAAGAUUUGUCCGUUUCAGUCCAAAGAAAACAGCAAAGACUUCAAGACAUCAUGAACACGCUUGCCCUAAAACAACAAGACACACAAAGGAGAGGUCAAAUGUUCCACACACAAACCCAGACACUACAAUCUAAAAGGAUCCAAUUACAGAAAGAAAAGGAAGAGAUUGAAGUUUUGAUGAGCACUGCAAACAAGAUGAAAGAGUGGCUUAAAACUGCCAUGGCCAGUGUCCAUAAGGAAAAAGAACCAGCUGAUUAUUCGAGGAUGGAAAGGAGAGAAGAAAAACACAUGCUUUCAACCCAGGACAUAGAACUUAAAAGAGAAAGGUAUGAGCUGAAAACAAGAGAUGACAUUGCCUUGGAGAAACGUCAAGAAACAGAACGUCAUAAAGUUCAAAUUCAACACCUGAAAGAAAAACUAAAUGAAUACAUGACAAUCAAAAGGGACCAGCUAAAACUAAGCACUGAAGGUGUUGAGAGACUCCAUGUUGUCUUGGGACAAAUGCUUCGUAGCCUUAAUGAACAGAAAGAAAAUGUGGCUGGUUAUAAAGAAGUAUUUGAGAGAGAAAAGGAAACUCUUAAUGCGCUCCUUUAUGAUACACAAAAACAAAGAGUACAACUGGAGAAUCAGUGGAACCAACUGAUCAACAUGGAACAAUGGAACGCAAUUACUCUUCAAGCAGAACAGCAGAAGGAAAAACUUGUUCUGGACAUGCGAAAACAAAAGAUGGUCAGAGAUGAAGUGGACUUAGAGCUGAUUGGGCACAACAUCCAGAAACAAAGGCAAAUAUUACAACAAGACAAACAACAGAUUCAAGAACAAAGGGAAGAGUUGGAACGCACAAUAGUGCAACUAUUCAAGAAGGUGGAAGAAGCAAACAAUCUGUUUGAUGUAAUCAACAAAGACAAAUCCAAAAUGAAAGAGCUUAACCUUUGUCUGAAAACCCGAGGAGAUAAACUUAAGGUUCUCAUGAACAUGAUUGCUUUAAAACCACAAAGACUACAAAGUGAAAGUCCAGAAUUCCACACACAAACACAAAAUCUAGAGCUCUGCAGGAAGAGAAUACAGGAGACACAAGAAGAGCUGGAGGAUUUGAUGAAGAACGCUAUCACCAUGAAGGAACAGGUUCAAGUUUCCAUCAGCGGCAUCCAGAAGGACAAAGACCAAAUGAUUUCAUUGAAGAAGGACAUUGAAAAAGACAGAGAAAAACUGUCAUAUGAGAAGGAGCGCCUGAAAAGAGAACGGUCAAAGUUCAAAAUGAGACAAGAUAAACUCUUGAAUAAAUUGAAGUCAACAGCUAACCUUAGACUAACACUUCAAGGAGUUAAAGAUGAAGUCUGGGAGCACACCAAAGAGAAAAUUGGAAGACUAAAUAAGACUCAUGAAGACACACAGUUGUUGUCUAUUUCCCUGGAGAACAAGCUUUCAACUGUUGGUGAGAAGAUGAACAGAAUAACUCCUUACAAAGAGUUAUUUGAAAGAGAAAAGAUCAAUCUAAGAUCCAUCAUUUCUUCCAUGAGUAAUCAGAGAGAAAUGAUGGAAUAUCAGUGGAAGAAAAUGGUUGACUUGGACAAAGAAGAUCUAAACAGAGUGAAGGCAGAGCUGAAAUUGGACAGACAGAAUCUGGAAGGAGUGGCUGGCAAAAUAGACAAAGAUAAAGUGGGCUUAGAAUUGAUGAUGUCUGAUAUCCAGAAACAGCAUGCAAUAUUACAAAAAGAACAACGUGAUAUUAAAGAAGAGAGAGAGCAGAUGAAAAUCACAAAGACUCAACUAGACCUGAAGGAUGAUGAGUCCAAGAGUUGCUGGGCUGAGAUCCACAAAGAGAAAGCCAAACUUAAAGAUUUGUCCGUUUCAGUCCAAAGAAAACAGCAAAGACUUCAAGACAUCAUGAACACGCUUGCCCUAAAACAACAAGACACACAAAGGAGAGGUCAAAUGUUCCACACACAAACCCAGACACUACAAUCUAAAAGGAUCCAAGUACAGAAAGAAAAGGAAGAGAUUGAAGUUUUGAUGAGCACUGCAAACAAGAUGAAAGAGUGGCUUAAAGCUGCCAUGGCCAGUGUCCAUAAGGAAAAAGAACCAGCUGAUUAUUCGAGGAUGGAAAGGAGAGAAGAAAAACACAUGCUUUCAACCCAGGACAUAGAACUUGAAAGAGAAAGGUAUGAGCUGAAAACAAGAGAUGACAUUGCCUUGGAGAAACGUCAAGAAACAGAACGUCAUAAAGUUCAAAUUCAACACCUGAAAGAAAAACUAAAUGAAUACAUGACAAUCAAAAGGGACCAGCUAAAACUAAGCACUGAAGGUGUUGAGAGACUCCAUGUUGUCUUGGGACAAAUGCUUCGUAGCCUUAAUGAACAGAAAGAAAAUGUGGCUGGUUAUAAAGAAGUAUUUGAGAGAGAAAAGGAAACUCUUAAUGCGCUCCUUUAUGAUACACAAAAACAAAGAGUACAACUGGACAAUCAAUGGAACCAACUGAUCAACAUGGAACAAUGGAACGCAAUUACUCUUGAAGCAGAACAGCAGAAGGAAAAACUUGUUCUGGACAUGCGAAAACAAAAGAUGGUCAGAGAUGAAGUGGACUUAGAGCUGAUUGGGCACGACAUCCAGAAACAAAGGCAAAUAUUACAACAAGACAAACAACAGAUUCAAGAACAAAGGGAAGAGUUGGAACGCACAAUAGUGGAACUAUUCAAGAAGGUGGAAGACGCAAACAAUCUGUUUGAUGUAAUCAACAAAGACAAAUCCAAAAUGAAAGAGCUUAACCUUUGUCUGAAAACCCGAGGAGAUAAACUUAAGGUUCUCAUGAACAUGAUUGCUUUAAAACCACAAAGACUACAAAGUGAAAGUCCAGAAUUCCACACACAAACACAAAAUCUAGAGCUCUGCAGGAAGAGAAUACAGGAGACGCAAGAAGAGCUGGAGGAUUUGAUGAAGAACGCUAUCACCAUGAAGGAACAGGUUCAAGUUUCCAUCAGCGCCAUCCAGAAGGACAAAGACCAAAUGAUUUCAAUGAAGAAGGACAUUGAAAAAGACAGAGAAAAACUGUCAUAUGAGAAGGAGCGCCUGAAAAGAGAACGGUCAAAGUUCAAAAUGAGACAAGAUAAACUCUUGAAUAAAUUGAAGUCAACAGCUAACCUUAGACUAACACUUCAAGGAGUUAAAGAUGAAGUCUGGGAGCACACCAAAGAGAAAAUUGGAAGACUAAAUAAGACUCAUGAAGACACACAGUUGUUGUGUAUUUCCCUGGAGAACAAGCUUUCAACUGUUGGUGAGAAGAUGAACAGAAUAACUCCUUACAAAGAGUUAUUUGAAAGAGAAAAGAUCAAUCUAAGAUCCAUCAUUUCUUCCAUGAGUAAUCAGAGAGAAAUGAUGGAAUAUCAGUGGAAGAAAAUGGUUGACUUGGACAAAGAAGAUCUAAACAAAGUGAAGGCAGAGCUGAAAUUGGACAGACAGAAUCUGGAAGGAGUGGCUGGCAAAAUAGACAAAGAUAAAGUGGGCUUAGAAUUGAUGAUGUCUGAUAUCCAGAAAGAGCGUGCAAUAUUACAAAAAGAACAACAUGAUAUUAAAGAAGAGAGACAGCAGAUGAAAAUCACAAAGACUCAACUAGACCUGAAGGAUGAUGAGUCCAAGAGUUGCUGGGCUGAGAUCCACAAAGAGAAAGCCAAACUUAAAGAUUUGUCCGUUUCAGUCCAAAGAAAACAGCAAAGACUUCAAGACAUCAUGAACACGCUUGCCCUAAAACAACAAGACACACAAAGGAGAGGUCAAAUGUUCCACACACAAACCCAGACACUACAAUCUAAAAGGAUCCAAGUACAGAAAGAAAAGGAAGAGAUUGAAGUUUUGAUGAGCACUGCAAACAAGAUGAAAGAGUGGCUUAAAGCUGCCAUGGCCAGUGUCCAUAAGGAAAAAGAACCAGCUGAUUAUUCGAGGGUGGAAAGGAGAGAAGAAAAACACAUGCUUUCAACCCAGGACAUAGAACUUGAAAGAGAAAGGUAUGAGCUGAAAACAAGAGAAGAUGACAUUGCCUUGGAGAAACGUCAAGAAACAGAACGUCAUAAAGUUCAAAUUCAACACCUGAAAGAAAAACUAAAUGAAUACAUGACAAUCAAAAGGGACCAGCUAAAACUAAGCACUGAAGGUGUUGAGAGACUCCAUGUUGUCUUGGGACAAAUGCUUCGUAGCCUUAAUGAACAGAAAGAAAAUAUGGCUGGUUAUAAAGAAGUAUUUGAGAGAGAAAAGGAAACUCUUAAUGCGCUCCUUUAUGAUACACAAAAACAAAGAGUACAACUGGACAAUCAAUGGAACCAAAUGAUCAACUUGGAACAAUGGAACGCAAUUACUCUUCAAGCAGAACAGCAGCAGGAAAAACUUGUUCUGGACAUGCGAAAACAAAAGAUGGUCAGAGAUGAAGUGGACUUAGAGCUGAUUGGGCACGACAUCCAGAAACAAAGGCAAAUAUUACAACAAGACAAACAACAGAUUCAAGAACAAAGGGAAGAGUUGGAACGCACAAUAGUGGAACUAUUCAAGAAGGUGGAAGAAGCAAACAAUCUGUUUGAUGUAAUCAACAAAGACAAAUCCAAAAUGAAAGAGCUUAACCUUUGUCUGAAAACCCGAGGAGAUAAACUUAAGGUUCUCAUGAACAUGAUUGCUUUAAAACCACAAAGACUACAAAGUGAAAGUCCAGAAUUCCACACACAAACACAAAAUCUAGAGCUCUGCAGGAAGAGAAUACAGGAGACGCAAGAAGAGCUGGAGGAUUUGAUGAAGAACGCUAUCACCAUGAAGGAACAGGUUCAAGUUUCCAUCAGCGGCAUCCAGAAGGACAAAGACCAAAUGAUUUCAAUGAAGAAGGACAUUGAAAAAGACAGAGAAAAACUGUCAUAUGAGAAGGAGCGCCUGAAAAGAGAACGGUCAAAGUUCAAAAUGAGACAAGAUAAACUCUUGAAUAAAUUGAAGUCAACAGCUAACCUUAGACUAACACUUCAAGGAGUUAAAGAUGAAGUCUGGGAGCACACCAAAGAGAAAAUUGGAAGACUAAAUAAGACUCAUGAAGACACACAGUUGUUGUCUAUUUCCCUGGAGAACAAGCUUUCAACUGUUGGUGAGAAGAUGAACAGAAUAACUCCUUACAAAGAGUUAUUUGAAAGAGAAAAGAUCAAUCUAAGAUCCAUCAUUUCUUCCAUGAGUAAUCAGAGAGAAAUGAUGGAAUAUCAGUGGAAGAAAAUGGUUGACUUGGACAAAGAAGAUCUAAACAGAGUGAAGGCAGAGCUGAAAUUGGACAGACAGAAUCUGGAAGGAGUGGCUGGCAAAAUAGACAAAGAUAAAGUGGGCUUAGAAUUGAUGAUGUCUGAUAUCCAGAAACAGCAUGCAAUAUUACAAAAAGAACAACGUGAUAUUAAAGAAGAGAGAGAGCAGAUGAAAAUCACAAAGACUCAACUAGACCUGAAGGAUGAUGAGUCCAAGAGUUGCUGGGCUGAGAUCCACAAAGAGAAAGCCAAACUUAAAGAUUUGUCCGUUUCAGUCCAAAGAAAACAGCAAAGACUUCAAGACAUCAUGAACACGCUUGCCCUAAAACAACAAGACACACAAAGGAGAGGUCAAAUGUUCCACACACAAACCCAGACACUACAAUCUAAAAGGAUCCAAGUACAGAAAGAAAAGGAAGAGAUUGAAGUUUUGAUGAGCACUGCAAACAAGAUGAAAGAGUGGCUUAAAGCUGCCAUGGCCAGUGUCCAUAAGGAAAAAGAACCAGUUGAUUAUUCGAGGAUGGAAAGGAGAGAAGAAAAACACAUGCUUUCAACCCAGGACAUAGAACUUGAAAGAGAAAGGUAUGAGCUGAAAACAAGAGAAGAUGACAUUGCCUUGGAGAAACGUCGAGAAACAGAACGUCAUAAAGUUCAAAUUCAACACCUGAAAGAAAAACUAAAUGAAUACAUGACAAUCAAAAGGGACCAGCUAAAACUAAGCACUGAAGGUGUUGAGAGACUCCAUGUUGUCUUGGGACAAAUGCUUCGUAGCCUUAAUGAACAGAAAGAAAAUAUGGCUGGUUAUAAAGAAGUAUUUGAGAGAGAAAAGGAAACUCUUAAUGCGCUCCUUUAUGAUACACAAAAACAAAGAGUACAACUGGACAAUCAAUGGAACCAAAUGAUCAACUUGGAACAAUGGAACGCAAUUACUCUUCAAGCAGAACAGCAGCAGGAAAAACUUUUUCUGGACAUGCGAAAACAAAAGAUGGUCAGAGAUGAAGUGGACUUAGAGCUGAUUGGGCACGACAUCCAGAAACAAAGGCAAAUAUUACAACAAGACAAACAACAGAUUCAAGAACAAAGGGAAGAGUUGGAACGCACAAUAGUGCAACUAUUCAAGAAGGUGGAAGAAGCAAACAAUCUGUUUGAUGUAAUCAACAAAGACAAAUCCAAAAUGAAAGAGCUUAACCUUUGUCUGAAAACCCGAGGAGAUAAACUUAAGGUUCUCAUGAACAUGAUUGCUUUAAAACCACAAAGACUACAAAGUGAAAGUCCAGAAUUCCACACACAAACACAAAAUCUAGAGCUCUGCAGGAAGAGAAUACAGGAGACGCAAGAAGAGCUGGAGGAUUUGAUGAAGAACGCUAUCACCAUGAAGGAACAGGUUCAAGUUUCCAUCAGCGGCAUCCAGAAGGACAAAGACCAAAUGAUUUCAAUGAAGAAGGACAUUGAAAAAGACAGAGAAAAACUGUCAUAUGAGAAGGAGCGCCUGAAAAGAGAACGGUCAAAGUUCAAAAUGAGACAAGAUAAACUCUUGAAUAAAUUGAAGUCAACAGCUAACCUUAGACUAACACUUCAAGGAGUUAAAGAUGCAGUCUGGGAGCACACCAAAGAGAAAAUUGGAAGACUAAAUAAGACUCAUGAAGACACACAGUUGUUGUCUAUUUCCCUGGAGAACAAGCUUUCAACUGUUGGUGAGAAGAUGAACAGAAUAACUCCUUACAAAGAGUUAUUUGAAAGAGAAAAGAUCAAUCUAAGAUCCAUCAUUUCUUCCAUGAGUAAUCAGAGAGAAAUGAUGGAAUAUCAGUGGAAGAAAAUGGUUGACUUGGACAAAGAAGAUCUAAACAGAGUGAAGGCAGAGCUGAAAUUGGACAGACAGAAUCUGGAAGGAGUGGCUGGCAAAAUAGACAAAGAUAAAGUGGGCUUAGAAUUGAUGAUGUCUGAUAUCCAGAAACAGCGUGCAAUAUUACAAAAAGAACAACGUGAUAUUAAAGAAGAGAGAGAGCAGAUGAAAAUCACAAAGACUCAACUAGACCUGAAGGAUGAUGAGUCCAAGAGUUGCUGGGCUGAGAUCCACAAAGAGAAAGCCAAACUUAAAGAUUUGUCUGUUUCAGUCCAAAGAAAACAGCAAAGACUUCAAGACAUCAUGAACACGCUUGCCCUAAAACAACAAGACACACAAAGGAGAGGUCAAAUGUUCCACACACAAACCCAGACACUACAAUCUAAAAGGAUCCAAGUACAGAAAGAAAAGGAAGAGAUUGAAGUUUUGAUGAGCACUGCAAACAAGAUGAAAGAGUGGCUUAAAGCUGCCAUGGCCAGUGUCCAUAAGGAAAAAGAACCAGCUGAUUAUUCGAGGAUGGAAAGGAGAGAAGAAAAACACAUGCUUUCAACCCAGGACAUAGAACUUGAAAGAGAAAGGUAUGAGCUGAAAACAAGAGAUGACAUUGCCUUGGAGAAACGUCGAGAAACAGAACGUCAUAAAGUUCAAAUUCAACACCUGAAAGAAAAACUAAAUGAAUACAUGACAAUCAAAAGGGACCAGCUAAAACUAAGCACUGAAGGUGUUGAGAGACUCCAUGUUGUCUUGGGACAAAUGCUUCGUAGCCUUAAUGAACAGAAAGAAAAUGUGGCUGGUUAUAAAGAAGUAUUUGAGAGAGAAAAGGAAACUCUUAAUGCGCUCCUUUAUGAUACACAAAAACAAAGAGUACAACUGGACAAUCAAUGGAACCAACUGAUCAACAUGGAACAAUGGAACGCAAUUACU